AUGGCAUUAUUCACUUCUGAAAGGGAUAAAAGGCUUGGGAUGAAGUACUCCUCUGUUAGUUAUGUCGACGUCAUGGUUCGCCUACCCUUGUAUGUUGCGUUGGUUAGAGUUGCGUUGAGUUGUUGCUGUACAAAUGUCACAGGAGGAACUAAUACGGUCACGGCUACUGUUGUAUCUCUCUUGAAUUGGAAUGCGACCAAGAGAUACGUGUACGAGGAUGCUUACGCUCGAAUUAUAAAUUCACAGCUAAGUCGAUUUGGAACGGUGGAAAAUUUCCAAUCGCAAGACGUGGGCGGUAAAUAUGGGAUCACCUUC